AUGUUCCAGGCAUGGUUGGUUCUGCUUCUGUGUCUAUCCACCUCCACCCUGUACACCACCAACUACAACGGCAGCAGCACCCACAUUGGUGUUGUGAUUGUUGAGACCCCAAUGCCAAGUGUCAUUACUUCCUAUGUUCCAGGCAUGGUUGGUUCUGCUUCUGUGCUAUCCACCUCCACCCUGUACACCACCAACUACAACGGCAGCAGCACCCACAUUGGUGUUGUGAUUGUUGAGACCCCAAUGCCAUCUGUGAUCACCUCCUAUGUUCCAGGCAUGGUUGGUUCUGCUUCUGUUGUAUCCACCUCCACCAUGUACACCACCAACUACAACGGCAGCAGCACCCACAUUGGUGUUGUGAUUGUUGAGACCCCAAUGCCAUCUGUGAUCACCUCCUAUGUUCCAGGCAUGGUUGGUUCUGCUUCUGUUCUAUCCACCUCCACCCUGUACACCACCAACUACAACGGCAGCAGCACCCACAUUGGUGUUGUGAUUGUUGAGACCCCAAUGCCAAGUGUCAUUACUUCCUAUGUUCCAGGCAUGGUUGGUUCUGCUUCUGUUCUAUCCACCUCCACCUUGUACACCACCAACUACAACGGCAGCAGCACCCACAUUGGUGUUGUGAUUGUUGAGACCCCAAUGCCAUCUGUGAUCACCUCCUAUGUUCCAGGCAUGGUUGGUUCUGCUUCUGUUCUAUCCACCUCCACCUUGUACACCACCAACUACAACGGCAGCAGCACCCACAUUGGUGUUGUGAUUGUUGAGACCCCAAUGCCAUCUGUGAUCACCUCCUAUGUUCCAGGCAUGGUUGGUUCUGCUUCUGUGCUAUCCACCUCCACCCUGUACACCACCAACUACAACGGCAGCAGCACCCACAUUGGUGUUGUGAUUGUUGAGACCCCAAUGCCAUCUGUGAUCACCUCCUAUGUUCCAGGCAUGGUUGGCUCUGCUUCUGUGCUAUCCACCUCCACCCUGUACACCACCAACUACAACGGCAGCAGCACCCACAUUGGUGUUGUGAUUGUUGAGACCCCAAUGCCAUCUGUGAUCACCUCCUAUGUUCCAGGCAUGGUUGGUUCUGCUUCUGUGUCUAUCCACCUCCACCCUGUACACCACCAACUACAACGGCAGCAGCACUCACAUUGGUGUUGUGAUUGUUGA